AUGCCGGCGAUAGUGCGACGCCUGGAAGCCGAACCCCAACGGCCGCACCCAGAGGAUCUGAAAGUACUCCUGAAUGUUCGCGGCCAAGGCCAGGGAAGCAAUCAUAACCCAGGAAUUGGUCCGGGUAUAUCCAACGGCGCGGAGAACGACCAAACGAAACGAUUACGCGACCGAGUCAAUGAACUUAGACGGAGUCUAGGAAACACCGAAGCCGAGCUUCAAGACUCGCAAGCAUCCGUUACAGCACUGCAAGCCAAUCUUGCAAACUCGCAAGCAACCGUCAGAGCGUUGCAAGCAGAUGAAGUUGCCAAGAGACUGGAAGAAACGGAGUCCGCGCUCGUCGAGUUGCAAGAAGAAUUUGAUAUACUACAAACGACUAUGUUUGAGGCGCAAGCAACGGUCAACGUUCUGAAACAGGAACAGGAACACGACCGUAGCACCUACGCAAAGCUCCGAGAAAAUCUGGACAAUUACAGGGCCAAAGACGGUUCUUUAGCAGAAGAGUGCAAUGAUUUGCGGGGGAAAAUUUCCCGCCUUCGACCAGAACUCGCCUCGGUGCGCAAAGAGCUCGAAAAAGCUCAAAGUAGCAGCUCUAAAUACCGGCUAGCCUUCGAACAUCUACAGUCGGAGUUUAAAGCCGUGCAGGAUGAGAUUGCCAGUCGUCGAGAGGAGGUCGGUAACCUUACAGCGCAGCAUAAUGUUGCCACUCAAGAAGUCGCAAGGCUUCAACAGCAGCUCGAAUCUCAGACUGCCGGUACCGAGGAGCUCAGGCAACGGACUGAGAAGCUAGACGCUACCACGCACGAGGUCUCAAGACUCAAGAAAGAGCUCGCAUCUCAUAUCGAGAAGCUCAGGGUUGCUAAUAAUGAGAUCAAGGACCUUAACGAGGAGAUCCAAGGCCUUCACACAACAAUGAGUGAUCAGCAAGAGAAGCUCACCAAUCUGCGUACUGAGAAAGAAAAGCUGCAGAAAAAGCUAGAUGAAGCGCGCAAAGAAGCUACUCGCGAGCAAGAGAAGCAUCAGAACGAGUCCACAGCUGAAAAGGAGAAGCAAAGAUCCGACUUGAAAGAGGAGGUGCAGAAGUUGACAAACAGCCUUGAACUAGCGGAGAAAAGGAGUAAAGCUGCGGCUUCCGCAUUGAAGAGCUCUAAGAGCAAUAGAGAGAAGCUGGAACAGGAUCUUUCUGGGGCUCAGAGCGAGAACAAGAUUAACAAAGAUAGGGUCACAGAUCUCGAAGAGAAGCUUGAGAAAUUGACCCAGGACGGUAAACCCAAAUCGGAUGAAGUCCAGGCAUUACAAAAGAAGAUUUCGCAGCUCGUAUCCCAGCAAAAGCAAAACAGACAGGACAUCAGCUCGCUUACUAAGGAGCGUGACACUGCCUCGAAAGAAGUCGAGUCUCUGAGGCAGAAAGUUUCACAGCAGCAGCCCGAGCAGAAAUCAACUGCGGAAAAUGGUUCCCAGCUUGAUUUGUUAACCAAGCAGCUUCAAGAAGCUCAAGGCAAGAACAAAGAAUUGGAAAAAGAGAAAGAGGAUCUCCUCGUUGAUAUUGACCUUUUGAAUGAUAUCCACGAAGAGGAAGCGAAGAACACCGAGUUGAAAGCGAAAGAGACCAAACGUCGUUUAGCAGAGGAAUUAAUAGAGGUAAAGAGCACGCUUUCUGCCAAGUUGGCUAAAUCCCAAGAGGCAUUGAAAAGGGCAGAAGAUAAAGCUAAAGCCAAGAGCGGUAGCUCGAAGGCAUCGGCCCUCCAGAGCGAACGGCAUCUAGGGGACCGCAAGCCCCCGACGCAGCGAGAAGAAUACUCUGAAGAUGAAUACAGUGACACGGGGAGCCCAGGGAGGUUGCGUCCAGAUUAUGUGCGCCCAGAAGUUCCCAUGGAGAAGGCUGAGAAGUACGCAGGACCCCCUGGCUCCCGGAAGAUUCUUGCUCCUCGCUUCCACCGGCCUAAGGUUCCAGGGAACAAUCAAGCACCUCGACCAGCAAUGCCGGGCGACCUACCGCCAUCACAGCCAACUACGAAGCAGCCGGUCUCCAAGAGCGGAGCCCUCGCCUCCAAAAGCGAACCAAAGCCGCCUCUGGAUCAUCCCAGUCCCUUGUCAGAUGUAGGCCCAGCUUCUACCGCGCCAUCAGCUAAGUCUUCGGGUGAGAGUGGUAAAUCGAAGAUACCACCAGUAAGAGCGGCCACGAAAGGUCCAGAUGUCCACAAGUCUCCACCAGAUGCAAAAGGGAAGAAUAAGGCCGUAAACAGUGACUCACAGGCACCAGUGCAGCCCGACACAGAACGGUCCAAGCCAACUAGAACAACCGCACCGUCUUCGCAAAGCCCUGGACCAUUCGACAAUAUUCCUGGUCUUUCGAGCUGGAAGAAGCCUGAAGCGGCCCAAGAGAUUCCUGGUCUUCCGACUUUGAAAAAGCCUAAAGACGCCGAAGUUCCCCAGCCACCGACAACGAACAAGCAGCCAUCGACGACAGAUCAGCCGGGAAAGCAAGAAAAGCCGGAGAAUGCAGUAGCAAGCAGCUCGACAAAAACCGAUGCACCAGAACAAACGGGAGGAACAACUUCGUCGAGACGUAAACAGCUUCCUGGCAUAUUUUCUAUGAAAAACAACAAGCCUAAAUCGGCCGUUUCAUCUCAGCCAUCGACGGCGAAAAGUGAGCCAGCGAAAACGAACGAUCAACCAUCGGUUACGAACGAUACUCCGUCGACCACGACGAAGCAGCCAAAACAGCAAGGAGCAAGCGAUUUGCCAAAAACCGCUGCACCAAAGCAAACAGGAGGACCAAAGUCUAUAGAUGAUAAGGAUAACAAAGUAAGUAAGAAACAUGAUCCUUUGGAGCAUACACUAACGUUUCACGUCAAGAAGAAAGUACCGGCGAUGAAGGGAGGCGUGGGAUCGGAUGAAGGCAAGCCACAAGGGACCAAUCCGCCGGCGAAGCCUCCUGCUGCAGGCACAUCUGGGCCACAGGGCUCCCAUAAAGCGGCCAAGCCAUUCAAUGUUUUUGGCUCGCCGCCCCCGAGUCCGCGACCUUCUAGUCUCGGCGCGAACCAGCAGUCAAAAGCCAGCGCACCUGUUGCACCCACGACAACCAGUCAAAGCCAAGGUGCCUCUCAAUCUUUUGCCUUUGGAGGGACUGGUCCCUCCGACUUUCAUUUUGGAUUCAAAAAAGAAGACGGUGAUAUUUCCGAAGCGGAAAUGACUGGCCGGCGUAAGAGAGUCCCGAAGGUAGGUGGCCAGCAGAACAUUGCAAAGACUCCGUCACAACAGGCUCUCCCGAGCACAACCUUUGGAGAGAACGACACGUUCAAACGCAACAACACUGCGCCUAAGGCGGACGAGCCUAACCCCUUAACGGGAUCUGCUCCCACAGGUACUGCACCACCUCGAUCAGGACCUACCCCAUUUCAAAUGUCCUCAGGAGGAGCCAAUACAGGUACUGCACCGCCUCGAUCGGGUCCUACUCCAUUUCAGAUGUCUCCAUUCGGAAGUAAGUUUCCUGGGGCAAGCCCAGCUUCUCCUGCGAACUUCAGCGGGUUCACGCCGAACCUCGGAACCGGAGCCUCAGUACUAAACACUGGCACGAUUUCUGCAGGCGGGCAACCUAACGCUGGCUUUCAAUUUGGAACCAAUCCCUAUCAAUCUGGAACCAAUCCCUUUGCUAGUCUAGCUUCUCCUACAAAAUCCGUCGGUGGCGAAUUCUCGGACUCUUCAACUGAAGACCCAGCGUCAAAAUAUGGCGAUGAGAGCAGGUUAAAGCGGACUAAAAACGUCACAAAAUCAAAAUCAAUAUUCAAGUCGAACGCACCUGUCGACAAGAAGAAUUCAGAUCCACCCCGCCCAGGAAGCAAGUCGAAGGCACCUGUUGGGGAAAACAGCAAAUUAAACCCCGCUGCAAGCAGCUUCUCUGAUCCGAACAAUUCUGUCCUGCGCCCCGAUCCAACGAAACCCCCAGCUUUUAAUCCUUUCGCAACGGCCAGCGGAAGCACAAGUUCAUUCCAAUUCGGCGAGGGUACCCGUGGUCAAACACCCAGCUACUUUCCCGAUGAACUGUCGCGUGCUGGCAGCAGAGAUCCUGAUGACCCGACCCGGGUGCCCGUUCCUAAUUGGGGCCCUGGUCUUGACCAAUCCGCUGGUCAUAGCCUUGGUCCUUACAACUUUAGUGGAUACAAUAAUCCUGCUCAUACCCUUAGUCCUUCCAGUCCUACUGCUUCCAACACCGGUGUUUACAGUCCUGAUCUCACAGACGAUCCUGGAUACGGCCCUCCUCCGAACCCGCCUCCGUUCAGCCCUCUUCAAGACCCUGUAUCUUACGACCCUGAUAACAUGGACGUGGAUGAGUUCGCUAGCAACCCAGACCAGGGAACCGUUCCCAGGCCAGACGAGGUGCAAGGACCGAGUACCGGCCCCGGAAGAGGAUUGGAUGCCGGUUUCCUAGAGCACGGCUCGGACGACCUGGAAAUGACCGACGGUGAUUCCCCGCGGCGGGGGGAAACUGAGGAAGAAGAAGUUGCGCGUCUCAUAAAGGAAGAUUUCGACCGUGAAUCAGACUAA